AUGGCAGAUAAAGCUAUAGGAAUACAAAACCAAAUUCGAAACAAUGCGCAAUCAAUCAAAGAUUAUAUUAGUGAUCUAGAAAGAUGGGAAAAUGAAAUAAACGCGCUUGAUAACUCACUCUCUGAAAAGAAAGCAGAACCAAGAAUCGAUAAACCAUUAACUCCCCUUUUGUGAGCGAACAAAGAAAUUUUUGUUGCUACGGAGGGGUUAUUAUUUUUUAAAGCAUUUUAUAUAAAUUUGUUUUCAAAUAAUUUAAAGAAAAUAUUAAUUUAAUUUGUAAAAUUUAUGUUUUUAAAAUGUAAGCUGUUAGAAAUUCAACAGAAUUAGUUCGAGAUUCAUUAUAUUAAUUAUUACUUAUAUAUCAAAAAAAUUUAUUUUUAUAAAUAAUUUUUUGUUUGCUCACACCCAAAAAAUAGGGAUUUUACCAAUGGUUCUGUUCCUUAAUGGAGGAGAGUAAGAAGUUCAUUGCAGCAAGAAGAAGAAUCCAAAACAAAAAAGGAAGCCUCCAAAUAUAAAAGAGAUGAGACUAACAUGUUUGAAUAUUACAAAGCCUGGGAUAAAUUUGAUGCUGAUGAAGAAUUAAAACAAUUGGAUGAGCUUCAACCGACUCUUCCAUCUGCACCAGCCAAAGUAGCUUUGCCAAGGUCUAAAGUUGUAAUUAAAGGAGGAAGAUCUAAUAACAGCGAUUUAGACCGAACAAAAGAUCAAGCUACGCUUGCUUUCACUACAAAAGAUUACACAAAAGCUCUCGAGCUCUACCAAAAGUGUUUAGACAUGAGUCCUAACGACGAAAUGCAAGUAAUUUUGUUUUCCAAUUGCUCAGAAUGCUUUUUAAGACUGAACAAAUACAAUGAAUGCGAAAAUUACGCUGAUAAGGCUCUGAGUGUUAAUACAUCACAUACUAAAUCAUUAGUGAGAAGAAGCAAAGCAAGGAAAAUGCUUGGAAAAUUCAAACUAGCAACUGAAGAUCUGAAUGCUGCUAGUGCUAUAGAACCAAAAAAUGCAAUAAUAGCCCAAGAGCUAUUAAAGGUAGAAAAAAGGCGCAAAAAGAAGAUAGAAGAAAUAAUCAAUGAAAUGACCAAUAAAACACGGCUUGCUAAAUUUGAUCUAGCUUCAGUUCCUGUUAAAGAUGUAAAUUUAACAGAGCCAGCCCAAAAAAAAAUCGUUGAAAUUGAAGAAGAAAAAGCCUCAAUAGAAAAAAUCCAAGAUUUAUCUAAGAAAGCGACUGAAAGCAUUCCUGUACAAUCAAUUCCACUGCCGAAAACUAUUUCUGAGCUACAAAGAAACUGGGCUAUGCUUUCUAACAAUAAAGAGAAACUAAAAGAAUACUUAACAAACAUCAACUUAAAUGAGCUCUUUAUGAAGGGAGGAAUUGAAUCAGAUUUUCUUAUGCAAAUUAUACAGACCAUUCAUGAUUAUUUUAUUGAUGAUUCUUUUAGCACCAAACUGCUUGAAGCAAUUUCUAAAUGCAAAAAUAUCGCAUCAGUCCUAAAAUUCCUGACAUCAAAAGAAAAAUUAAAGAUUACUGAAAUCCUCCAAAACUUUUCAGGAAGCCCUGAACUGGGUCCUUUAAGAAAAUUGCUAGAGCCUAAACAAACAUAA